UUAAAGUUAAACGCAUAUUAUAUUCAUUUCAUAUUACAAUACCACCGGUUAUUUAUUUCUAGUACUUUUUUUGUUCACUAUUAAUUUGUUACUGAUCUAAUUUGUAAUCGUAAUUAAUUGAUUUUUUUAAUUACUUUCUUUGUUAUUAGUUUUUUUUCUAGGAAAAGUAUUUUGUAAGUUGUAAUAAUUGUGUGGAUACAUUUUUUGAUCAUUGUCAUUUUCCGUUUUCGACUAAUCGGCUCAUAGUUCAUACCUCGUGUAGGUACGGUAUCGAAAAUCCCGCAAUAUUAUUUCUCUGUAGAAAUGCAAAUUUAACCCAUCAAAAAUUUCGGUCAGCUCUAGCCUCUAAGUGCCUGCAUUCUGUUCUCUAUAGUCAUUUGUCUUUUGUGUUUAACAUAAUAUCGAUGGAGGAAUAUUCCGAAGAAAUCUUUUGUUGUUCUCAGUGGAUCAAAAAUGGAAAAUUUGAAAAAGUAAUUCAAUCUGAAUGGUUAUCCUGUAUGCAUUCAAUUACCGGACUACAUGUUGUGCAUAAGCGUAUCAAUUUCAUCAGAAUUUGAAAGACUGCUGGAUCAGCGAGUAUAUAUACUAGGCGAUACUUCUUAUGGCAGCUGUUGUGUCGAUGAAACAGCUGCUCAACACAUAGCUGCUGAUUGUGUUGUUCAUUUUGGAAGAUCAUGUCUGACACCAAAUAGUCACCUUCCUGUCUAUUAUAUUCUUCCUAAGCAGCCGUUAGACUAUAUUCAAUGCGCCAAUUUGAUAAUCAAAACCUUUGAAACUGAAGAGGGACUGGUUUUGGUACUGUACGAUGUGGCUUAUCAUCAUAUCCGUGAUAAUUUGGCCAAAUCAUUAUCAUCUACAAAGUCGAUAAUAUUAUCUGACAUAGAUUUAAAGGAAGACAAAACAACUAGUUGUACUGUAUCUGAUGACCAUGAAUAUACAAGCAUAUUUGGAAGACGAUUUCUUAAUUUAAAUUAUAAAAAUAUUGUUUAUAUAACUAAUGAUAACUAUAUGAACAAUGUCGAUAGAUUUAUAUUAGAGAAAAAAGAAUGUCAAGUAUACAUUUAUCAAACUAGCUGUAAUGUAUUAACACAACGAACCUUAACAUCAGUUAUAAAAAAAAAAAACUUUAUUAAAGAAAAGAUAAAAGAUUCUACUCAUAUUGGAAUACUUAUAUGUAGUUUAAGCAUUAAAGAUUUACUUGAACGUAUUAAUAGAGUUAAGUGUUUGUGCAAAAAGACAAACAAAAAAUGUUAUAUUUUUUCUGUUGGACGUCCUAAUGUUGCCAAAUUAGCCAAUUUUCCAGAAAUUGAAAUAUUUGUGAAUAUUACUUGUGCGGAAGGAGUCAUAGAAAAUCAAAAAGAAUAUAUGCAACCAAUUGUUAAUAUUGAUGACAUUGAAUUGGCUUUGGGGACUGAAGACACUAGUGAUUUACCUGAUAUAUCUUUAGUAACCAACAGAUUAAGAAACAUUACAAUGCCUAAAGAGGAAAUUGAGUUGUCUUCAGCAUUAAAUGUCAGAAGAGAUAUGUCAUUAUCGAUAGUCACUCAAAAUAGAACAUGGACAGGACUCAAUCCACAUGAUACACGACCACCAGUUAUAAUAGCAACAGAAGGAAGAAAAGGCACACCAAGCUCUGGAUAUAUCACAUCUGAUUCAGAAUACCGUAGCUGAAGAGAACUUUUUAUGAAUGUUUUUCCAAAACAUUAACAUAUUUCUAUUUUAGUUAAAGAACACGAUGAAAUAAUAUUGUUCAAAUUAUUGGUAUAGGAUUUGUUAUUAAGUAAUAAUUAUUGGUAAUAAAGUAAUAAUAAUUUCUUACUUUCAAAAUAAAUAUUUUGAUAUAUUUUUUUA